UGUAAGCACUUUCCUUCCGGUUCUUAACACUGCUUCCUUCUUUCCUGCAUGUUACCACUGGCAGAGCAAAUAUGACUCAGAAACCGGCUCCUCAGGGUUGUAACAUUAGAUGAUACUCUGCUUGGGUCAUUACACGGUAAACCAAUGCCUUUGUUUGACUGGGCUGGGCUCUGGAGAAGGUGUGUUGCUCCUGAGUGCUGGAGAAGCACUCACAGGUAUUUGCUGGAAAACCACUCACAGGGCUUGCUACCGGCUUGGGCUUCCGGGGACCUUUCUCUCAGCGAGGAAGGAUUUUGAUAUUAAUCAGAAAUAUCUCCAGAAGAUUCAAAAAGCCACAGAGGUGAAAUAAGCCUGUGAAGGACCAGCAUGGGAAUCCUAUACUCUGAGCCCAUCUGCCAGGCGGCUUAUCAGAAUGAUAUUGGUCAAGUAUGGCGGUGGGUGAAGGAAGACAGCAACAAUAUUAAUGUUCAAGACAGCUUUAAUGGAGACACCCCCCUGAUCUGUGCUUGCAGGCGAGGGCAUGUGAAAAUCGUUUCCUUCCUUUUAAGAAGAAACGCGAACGUCAACCUCAAAAACCAGAAAGAAAGAACCUGUUUGCAUUAUGCUGUGAAGAAAAAAUUUACUUUCAUUGAUUAUCUCCUCAUUAUCCUCUUAAUGCCUGUCCUGCUUAUUGGGUAUUUCCUUAUGGUAUCAAAGACCAAGCAGAAUGAAGCUCUUGUACGAAUGCUGCUUGAUGCUGGUGUUGAAGUUAAUGCUACAGACUGUUACGGCUGCACUGCGCUGCAUUAUGCCUGCGAGAUGAAAAACCAGAGUCUUAUCCCUCUGCUCCUGGAAGCCCACGCAAACCCCACGCUAAAGAAUAAGCAUGGUGAGAGCUCACUGGAUAUUGCUCGGAGAUUAAAAUUUUCCCAAAUUGAGUUAAUGCUAAGGAAAGCAUCAUAAUCCUGGAGAUAUAGAAAGUU